AUGAUGCAGAGAGCUGCACCUCUCUGUGCAUCAAACUCACUUCCUUCGUUUCCCACCACUCUUCCGAGCCGUCAUCUAAUCGGAGCACCAAUUCGUAACCGAACCACCACAACGUCUACAGCUUCCUACUCGUUUCGAUUUCCCUUGAACCGUCUGCAAAAUUUGAGACUUGCUCUCCCUACUCUUCAUAGCACCGCUACUCAAGAGGCAGUUGAAACUUCUAAGACUGGAUCAGGAUUUGUUGAGAUUGGAUACAUAUCCAGCGUUCAUGGGCUUCAAGGAGAGAUUCGUGUAAAAACAAGCACUGAUUUUCCAGAAUUGCGAUUUUCUGAGCCUGGUAUAAGAUGGUUGAAGCAACAAAUUUUGGGCCGAGAAACAGUUCAAGAAGUGGAACUGGUAGAGGGAAGAGGACACCCUGGUCAGAAGAGUUGGAUACUUAGAUUCAGUGGGAUUGACACAGUUGAUCAAGCUAAGCAGCUUGUUGGGUCAACUUUACUGGUGAGGGAACAUGAUAGGCCGGAGUUGGAUGAAGGCGAAUAUUAUACUCGUGAUCUUGUUGGUGUCAGAGUUAUCCUUAAGGAAACUGGUGAAUUUGUGGGAACUGUUGCUAAUGUUUACAACUAUGGGGCAAGUGAUCUUUUACAUGUCAAGCUUGAUUCGUCAUUAAAUAUACUGGAUAAAACCGGAAAGCCAAGGCCAACAGAAACGGUGGUUUCUGAUCACCUUGUGUGGGUACCAUUUGUUGAAGCAAUUGUUCCACAUGUUGAUAUGAAUAGAAGAGAAAUCCAGAUUACGCCUCCUAAGGGACUCCUUGAAUUAAAUUUGCGCUUUGAUGAGAGGUCGAAGAAAGAAAGGCGGCAGCUUGAAUGGAAGGAGAGGAAAAAGUUCCAAAAGCGCCUCAUAGCAGCAAAAAAGAAACUAUGUGAAAUGGAGCAACAACAUGUAUUUCAUGGCUUUAGAUUUGGGGAGAAAGCCCAAGGGAGGUUGCUUGCUGAUCAAAUUGUUGGUGUGAAUUCCAAGUUGCUUCAAUAUGCAUUGAAAAAUAUUGAGAUACCCUCCAAGAGAUGGAAUGUAGCGGAGUUGGUCAGAUCCUCAGAAACCGAGAAAACACGUACUCUGAAAAUAUCAGAGGAGUGCCUCACUUCUUCUGCAAGUAAAGAGAAGCUGGGUGUGAAUUGGGCUUUUCAAGAAAGGGGCCUCCAUCUCAUGUCUAAAGGGAAAUUGGCCAUUGUUUUAGUUGUGAAUGAAAGUGAGGAGCAAGCAUGCGGCAGUGACCAUGAUCUUGUUGACUCUCAAAGCAACGAGACUUCACCAUGUUCCCUUCUCCAGAAAUUUCUUUGUGAUGACCAGAGAUUUGUAGAGACAGAAGAACGUGCAUUUGUGCCUGUGAUUUUUAUUUCCUCAGCCCGCGGAAUUGAAUCUUUAAGAAGGCUGUUCUCAGAUAAUGAUUAUUUUGGCUUUGAACCCCAAAAGGUCUGGUAUCUGGAAGAAGAGAAGCUACCAAUUGUUAGCAGUUCACUGGAAGAACAGAACAGGCGUAAGAUAUUGAUGAAAUCUCCAUGGGAAAUACUCCAAUCACCUGUUGGUUCUGGUGGUGUUAUUAGCUUGCUUUCAUCACACAACAUUCCAGAUAAUCUUAGCAAAAUUGGUGUUGAAUACAUCGAGGUAUGCAGCACCAAUCAAAGAAACCUUGGCGUGAACACGCUUCUCCUUGGGUUUCUUACUACACGUGGAGCAGAUCUUGGGAUCCAAAUACCAAGAGAUGUAGAAGAUUUUGAGGAGAGUUUUGACAUGAUUUUCUCGGUCAACUUUAUGGAGAAGUUAACAAGACGGAUUGAUAAGCUCCAGUUCUUUGCAAUACCAAAGCCAAAUUCACAUGUUGAGAAGGUUGACAAAGAGUGGGUUGAUGUUGUCCCCUCAUCUCCUAACUCAUAUGAGCUUUGCUCUUCAAUUUACGGUUCCCUAAAUGCCUGUUCUUUUGACAAGGUUUGUGUAAUGGAGGUCACAGAGUAACUUAUCAAUUACAUGUACAAACUUUAUCACUUCCAUUAACAAACGCAAAUACAAACUCUGAUAUCUUUGGCAAAACAAUUGAGUUAAACAUGUUUUGGUUUUA